AUGUCCAGCUCGAGCACUCUCGGCGCGCGCGACGGCCCCCAGGCGAGCACGGCCUCGCCCGCCUCCCCCUCGACGUCGUCAUCGCGCUCGCUCUCUGCCGCCGCGGUCGCUGCCCUGGCCGCCGCUGAGGCACGCGCCAAGCCGCCAGUACCUGUCAGCUCGCCCGCCGACGCGCACAGCCUCGCGCUAGACCUCGAGGGCGCGUUCAACCCGUCUCGCCUCGACCUCCAGCCCUUCUACCGCCUCAUCGACAGCCAGCUCCUCCCCAACGUGUCCAAGCCGCAGGCCUCGUCCACCAUCUCUACCCUCCUAACGAUCCUCAACAACAUCCUGCACCCGCCCAACCCGGCGCAGGCGCACAAGUUCCGCCAGCUGCGCCUCUCAAACCGGCUCAUCGCGCGCGACAUCGCCGAGCCCGCGUCGGGCGCCGCGCGCGAUUUCCUCGUCGCGUGCGGGUUCAGGCGGGUCGUGCGCGAGUUUGAGGAGCACCUCGAGUGGGCGAGGGGCGAGGGUGGACAGCAGCUGUUCAAGCUGAGGUGCGGCAAGAAGGUGCUCGAGACGAGGGUCGUGCAGGCCAAGGAGGCCGAGGAGCGCGAGAGGAGGUACCGCGAGAGCGAGAAGAGCGAGGAGGCUGCGAGGAAGCAGCGCGCGCUGCUCGGCUUCGAGGACGACCGCCUCGACCGUGCCGCCCGUGACGAGCGCGAGCGCCUCGUCCGCGAAGCUCGCGCCGCCGAGCCCGCCCCGGCGCCCGCGCCCUACUCGACCGGGCCCUCGUCGUUCGCGCGCCAGUCGCAGCGCCCGACGGCGCGCGUCGGCGGCUCGCAGGUGUACCGCGGGUCGGGUGCGGCGGGGCCGGGCGGCUCGAGCGACGAGGAGGACGACGGCGGCGAGCGGGAGGAGGACGAGGAGGACGAGGACGAGGACGCGCCGCCGUCGUAUGGCGCGCUGCAUGGGAGGGUGCUCGGGACGGGACAGCCGCCGAGUGGGGAGAUGGCGCCGGCUGGCGUCAACAUGGUCAACGCGCAGGACCUCGACCAGGUCGAGUGAGCGAGGAGGGCGCUUGUCGUCGUCGAGGGCGGUGUUCCUUUUUUCGCUUUGUCGGUGCCUUCUGUCCCUUGUCAAUGAUACGCAGCUUUCCCUU